UAAAUCACGAGAGAAAAGUCGUCACUCGACACGCAACUUCGCAAAAAGCAGCCUCAACUUGUUCAUUUUUGCUCCCUGCGUCGGCGAGCAAACGCGGCCCCUCCUCCCCCACAAACCGCGAGCGGCGGCGAGGGGAGGACGAAGAAGCGGCCGCGCAGGAAUGGCGGCGAUGCAGAGCUGGCGCAAGGCCUACGGCGCCAUCAAGGACACCACCACCGUGAGCCUCGCGAACCUCAACUCCGACUUCAAGGAUCUGGAUGUGGCGAUCGUGAAGGCGACUAACCACGUGGAGUGCCCGCCCAAGGAGCGCCACCUGCGGAAGAUUGCCGCGGCGACAUCCAUCUCUAGGCCCCGGGCAGAUGUCGCCUAUUGCAUCCACGCCCUUGCCCGCCGUCUUGCCAAGACUCGCAACUGGAUUGUUGCAUUGAAAACACUUGUAGUGAUCCAUAGACUUCUUCGUGAGGGUGAUCCUACAUUUCGAGAAGAGCUUCUUAAUUUUACACAAAGAGGACGGAUUCUGCAACUUUCAAACUUUAAGGAUGACUCCAGCCCAAUUGCUUGGGAUUGUUCUGCUUGGGUUCGCACAUAUGGUUUGUUUUUGGAGGAAAGAUUGGAAUGCUUGAGAGUUCUGAAGUAUGAUGUUGAAGCUGAGCGUUUGUCUAAACAAGGUCAAGGCCCUGAAAAGGGACACAGUAGAACUAGAGAAUUGGAUUCACAGGAUCUGUUAGAGCAACUGCCAGCUUUGCAGCAGUUAUUGUACCGACUUGUUGGAUGUCGGCCUGAAGGAGCUGCAAAUAACAACUACUUGGUGCAAUAUGCUCUAGCUUUGGUUUUAAAAGAAAGCUUCAAAAUAUAUUGUGCGAUAAAUGAUGGAAUUAUCAACCUUGUUGAUAAGUUUUUUGAGAUGCCAAGGCAUGAAGCACUUAAAGCUCUUGAAAUUUACAGAAGGGCUGGCCAACAGGCUGGGAAUCUAUCAGACUUCUACGAGAAUUGCCGGGGUUUAGAACUCGCAAGGAAUUUUCAGUUUCCCACUCUGAGGGAGCCACCACAAACAUUUCUUGCAACUAUGGAGGAGUAUGUGAGGGAGGCUCCACGUAUGGUUCCAGUUCGAGAACCCCUGGAACUUCCUGAGAGGCUUCUCCUUACAUACAAACCAGAUGAAUCAGAGGAAAUUCCUGAGCCUGCUCCUAUUGAAGAGGAAAAGCCACCAGUUGAAGAACCUAUUCCGGUACCACCUGUUACCAAAGUGGUUUCACCUCCUCCCGAGACCAAGGUUGCAGAUACUGGUGAUUUACUGGGCUUAAAUGAUCCAAACCCUGGUGUAUCAGCAAUAGAGGAAAACAAUGCUCUUGCCUUGGCUAUUGUCCCAACAGAUGCUGGUGCUUCAACAAUUGGUGGCACUGCAUUUCAAGAUAAGGGAUUUGAUCCUACAGGAUGGGAACUUGCCCUUGUUACCACUUCAAGCAACAAAACAUCUGCUGCGAGCAGUCAAUUGGGUGGUGGAUUCGACAAGCUCAUCUUGGACAGCCUUUAUGAUGAUGGAGACUUCAGGCAGAGACAACAACAGCAAUUAUAUGGUUCAGCAGCUCCUAACCCAUUCAUGACAAAUGAUCCUUUCACUAUGUCGAACCAAGUCGCUCCCCCACCCUCGGUUCAAAUGGCUGCCAUGUCUCAGCAGCAUCCGCAGAUACCAACGAUGAUGCAACCGAAUCCGUUCGGACCACCAAUGCAGCCACAGAUGGGCAUGGACCCUGCAACGAAUCCCUUUCUGGAAACUGGCUUUGGGCCGUUCCCAGUGGCAAACAGGCAUCAGCAACCCAACCCAUUCGGUGGUGCCCAACUUCUGUAGGCUACGUAGCAAAGGAGCAAAUUUGUGUCCCGGCAAAUGCGAUUUUGUGUGAUUAUAUCAUGCAUUGUGCCUGGCCAUUCGUGUAUGUGGCGCGUGUAUUGUGUAUUGGUUUCACCAAACGGGGCUGCCCAGUGACCCUUGUAAAGAAAUUAGUGACUUGUGUAACGCUAAAUAUAUGUCAAUAAGCAGUAGGACAUUGUUAUAACAAAACAAAAGGGUGGUGUAAUGUAGAACAGUCCUCUAUAUUUAUUUCGUUGCUGUUUGAUUGCCAGUCUCUUA